AUAAAAGGGAGUCUGGUUGAGACAGGGGGAACUGGGGAGAAGGCUUGGGAAGGGCUCGGCUUGCAGCACCAUGAAGAGCUUCCCUGUGGCCCCCUUAGUUCUCCUGGUUUUCAUGCUGAGUGUCCAUCGCGGAGCCGCCACACCUGGCAGUGAUGUGGCUAAGCUCUGCUGCUUCCAAUACGGCGACAAGGUCCUUCCCUGGAAAUGGGUGCGUACCUACGAAUUCACCAGGAGCAGCUGCUCCCAGCAGGCUGUGAUAUUCACCACCAAAAAAGGCCAGAAAGUCUGUGCACGGCCAAAGGAAAAAUGGGUGCAAAGAUACGUUUCUUUACUGAGAGCCCGGCAUCAGUUGUGACUGCCGAAUUUCCAGCACAAGGACAGCUGGAUCCUGCUCUUGGCUCUGCUGCCCUUGGCAGAGCCUGGAGAACUUCUUCAACAAGAGACU